CCGCUGCGGGCGGCCCUCGGCGCUCCCCCACCCCCGGCGCGGGGUGGCCUUAAAUCGGCCCCGCGCCGCCCGUAGCCGCAUCGCCGGCGCCGUCUGAAGGCGGGCGCCGCCAUCCGCCGGCAGCGCCGACGGGCCGGUCCCGGCUGCCAUCCUGGUCCCGGUCCCGGUGCCGGUCCCGGUGCCAGUCCCGCGGCGCAGGGAGGACACGCCUCCGCCCGGCGGCGGGCGAUGCUCCCCCGGCAGCCACCGGCGCGGUUCCGCCCCGCGCUCGGCUCCCCGGCAUCUCCGCCGUGACCGACCCAUCUCGCCAGGUAGAGAGAUGCCUGGGCAUUGGAAGCUCCCUGCAGCAUGCUGAGGAGACGUAACCUUCUUACCACGCUCCUGAUUGCCUUGCCAUGGGCUCUUCUCCUGACCUUGUGGCACCAAUACCCAACCACCCACUACCUCAGCCUGCUGAGAAAAGAGACAGAUGAGAACGUGACCUCUAAAGCUCUCCUCAAUGGUACGUCUGCACUGAGAGAAGAAGGCUUCCCAUCAUGCACUCGGCAGCAGCAAAGCAUAGGGGCUACCCCUAAAAUCAUCCAGAAUUAUGUGUACUCCAGGCCUCCCCCAUGGUCAGACACCCUGCCAACCAUCUUUGUUAUUACUCCUACCUACACCCGGCCGGUGCAAAAAGCUGAGCUGACCCGCCUGGCCAACACCUUCCUACAUGUACAGAACCUGCACUGGGUGGUGGUGGAGGACUCGCCGCGGAGGACCAACCUGGUAUCCAACCUGCUGGAGAAGGCUGGGCUCAACUUCACCCACCUCAAUGUGGAGACGCCCAAGAGCCUGAAGCUGGGUCUCUCUUGGAUCCCAUCCCACACCCCAAGAGGGACACUGCAGAGGAACCUGGGGCUGCACUGGCUGAGGGACAGCUUCAGCAACACUGCACCACCAGAAGGGGUGGUGUAUUUUGCCGAUGAUGAUAAUACCUACAGCCUGGAACUCUUUGAAGAGAUGCGCUACACAAGGAGGGUGUCAGUCUGGCCAGUGGCUUUCGUUGGGGGGCUGCGAUAUGAAUCCCCAAAAGUGAGCCCAGCAGGGAAGGUGGUGGGCUGGAAAACCGUAUUUGAUCCUAAUCGUCCCUUUGCUAUUGACAUGGCUGGAUUUGCUAUCAGCAUCAAGCUGAUUUUGGAGAAGCCUCACGCCAGUUUCAAGCUGGAGGGAGUUAAAGGAGGCUACCAGGAAACCAGUCUCCUGAAGGAUCUAGUGACCAUGGAUGGGCUGGAGCCCAAAGCAGCCAACUGCACAAAGGUGCUGGUCUGGCACACGAGAACCGAGAGGCCCACUCUGGUUAAUGAAGGCAAGCGUGGAUUUACAGACCCCAGAGUAGAGGUGUAAGCAAAGAGCCAGCUCCAGGGUAGGCAGCUGGCUGUGAUCGUUCCUGAACUUUGUCAGCAACCAUAGCAGCUGUGCACCCUGCCUGUUCUGCCCAGCGCUCUGCUCCACUGCUGGAGGAUGAUAAACACUCCCAAAUGUCACCACUCUGAUCAGCUCCCACUGCCCAAAAAGGUGGUAAUAAGCAGGGACAGAGCUUAUGUGAUGCCCUGCGAUCCUCCCCACCUGGGAGAGGAGUGCUUCCCUUCCCCCAUGGGCCCUGUACUUCUAACCAUUCAUUAAAAUUUAUUAGAUAUGAUCUUCAUUCUCAGCUGUGCCAGCAUAGGGGUUGACAUCUGGGAUGGGUGCAGGUGCCUCCAAAGGUCUCUCCUGCCAUAUGUAAAACCUGAGCUUCUGUGAUUCGAGGGCAGGAGUUGUCACUAAAGCACAAAUGUGGACCUGUUGGCCUGAGGCUGGUAUGCUCUCAAACCAGCUUUAAAGCAAAGCUAGCCUGAGACACUCUCGCUCUGAGGGAUGCAUUCAGAUACUUACAUGGAUCAGCCUUCAGUGUUGGAGAGGAAGCUGUGAUGAAGCACCUCAUUUGGGGUUUGGGAGUUCAGAAGCGAUCUGGUGCCUACCUGUCAACUGGGAUCUUGAACUGUUCCUGCUUAAGGUUGUUUUGGAAAAUGCCAUCCCAGAUCCCCAGGCACAGAACCCUCUGGAUAAAGUUCCUCUCCUGCUCGGGGAGACCUGGCAGGUACUGUACCUCAAAGGCCAUGCCUCUGUGUCUUGCUGUAGGGACCAGAAAGCAAGGGCAAAGAUGGAUGGACUUGAACAUGUUCAAGGCCUGGAAGCCUGCUGCAGCACCAUCAGGUGCUCCAGUAGUCUCAAAUCAUGUACAUGGACUUCCUUCCUAGACCGCCAGAGAGGAAGACAACUCUCUGAAGUGGAGGUGGGCUAGAAGUGCUCAGAGAAGAGGAACCCUCAGCUGGCACUCAUCUGCUGUGAGAACAUCAAGGAAUGGGGAGACAUCACUGGAAAACCUAUCUUGAGCACUUACAUGACAAUUGAAAUAGCAAAUGUGACAAGGUUUUCCAAUUGAACUUUGAAAGGAGCAUGUGGUGCUGUGAAGAGAGAGGAGUCAGUGUCAUGUGGAAGGGUUUCCCUUUCCCUCAAUAGAACAGGAAGACAGCCAGGUGGAAGGCAGCCCACAAAGCAGGAGGUGCAAAUGAGGACCGAAGGAAGGAUGCACUGGAUUAAAAGCACAAGUGUUGGUACCAUGUGUGUGCGUGGGGAGUGGUGUUGCUGUGACUUUUCCAGGAAGAUUCCUUGAAUGACCCAGAAACCCCUUUGAGCAUAUCUUGAAAAAAAACCUUCUUCACUCAGGCCAUGAGAAACAAGGCUUUAGGCAUUCAAAAUACAUCAAGGAUUUCACAGCUGGGGGAAAGUUAUAAGCAACUGAAUCAUCCCUCACCCAAGAAAUUCUGGGCUAGCAGAAAACUUAUUUAUUUGUUGAUUUAUUUAUACUAGAAUUCUUCUCUUCCUAUUCCUUGUUUAGUUUUGAUUUUUAGCUUAGAUCACCUGACAUAUUCAUGAAGAAAGAAUAUUACCCACUCGCCUCAAAACAGUAGAGCUUGGUGUUCACCGAUGAAUGUCAUAUGUUUUGUGCUCCCUGAGGUUUUUUUAAAAUGGUGUCUUAAACUGGCAAAAUAAUCAGAAGCACAGCAAGGAGGGGAGUACAGCGAAGGAAAUUAUAGUUCCUUUAUGCAAGAGACGUGGGUGGCAUCAAGUUUCUGGCUCCCAAGCAAUCACUGUGAGGUAAAAACAUGAGCAAAGGAGUGCCUCACUCAGCAGAUAGUCCCCAUGGGAUCUUAGGAAGCCUCCAUGAAGGGGCCUUCUUGAAGAGUAUCUGAGAGAGGGAGUUGGUCCAUAUUCCCUCAGUGGAGAAUGAACUGCCAUGCAUCCUGCUAGGAGGGGGCUAAAGUACAGGAGGGGGCAAAGGGGAUGAGAUGCCUCCCUUCAGAGAGGGAGACAGCAGAAAUCAAAGAAUAGGCAACAAAUAGAGAAAUGGAGACUGUGUUCAGUGAGGCUUCGGACAGGGUCUGUCUGGAUGAAGACACCCAGCAGUACGAGGCCAUCCUCCCAGCUGUCUCAGUAUGAAGAAAUACUGAAUGGGCUGAAAAAACAGUGUCUGGUCCCUAGGAAGGUCCUUACAGAGCAAGGGUCUGGCGUACUGUCACUGGAUAGCAUGAAGGAAGCCCAGCAUCCACAAAAUGCUUUUCACUCUGCAUUUCUCAGAGCUUUCUGUCCUGUCCUCUUCAGAAGGUAACAGGGCUUGCACUCCAGUGAGCUUUGCCAACCCAUCCUGCCAACAGGGCUCAAAGCUUCUACCCAGCAUUAAACCAAGAUUAGGCCCCCUUCUUUGUGAUUUUAAUGAAUGAGCAAGAGUGAGGGAAUAAAGGAGUUGAUUUAUGAUCCUCCAUUUUCUCCUCUGAGAUAGGCAGGGUUUCUGCCCGUAUGAACAGGAGGAGGAAUGGUAAUUAGUUCUCAGGCCUUUAGUCCUACACAGGCACUACAAUAGGCUUUUGACACUGACAAUGAGAGUGUAUACCAAGGAUCUAUUCUCUUUGCAACACAUACCACCAUACACGUGUUUUUAGUGAGUUGUUGUUUCUACACCCCAGAAGAAAGCAAAAUUACUAUUCCUGUAUGUACUACACUGUCAGUUCAGUGUCGGUCAGAUUCAGCUCUCAAGACCAGCCCCACCACACCAUCUCCAUUCUUGCCCCGGCCUAGCCCUGGGGAGCAGACUUUCUGUGAAUCAAGAAGUUCUGUCUGUCACUAAAUUGUGCAGAACCAAGACCUUGUAUGGACAGCGUGAAUGUACGCAGCUGAUGUUCCAGGCUAGCAGACAUUUAGACCUGUUCAGCACAAAUGCUCUUCCCUGUAGAGCAGCCUAAGGACAGCAAGGACUGCUGCUGGCCAAGGUGUAUCAGCUAAGUUAAGAUGCCUGUUUGUUAGCAGAGAUGGGUGGGAGAGCCCAGCAGAGAAGCAACUGUCAAGAGUUACAGGCUUCAGGGCAAGUGAAUGCAGUAAGGAGGGAAGCUGCAGAUCAAGCCUGAAGUAUUUAAACAAGAGAAGGCAUCCCAGUGCCUGGUUUUUACUGGCGCAUUAGUUAGUACCUGAUAUUCAUGUUCUCUGAGAUUCAUCCAAUUCACCAACCAAUGUAUAUUACUAACCUUUCCUGUUGCAGAAAAUACUAGUGAUGAAAGAAGGAGAAUGUCAAGAAAGCACUUUUUAAUGGUUAUUUAUUUAUAUUGAAUGGUACUAGAGCAUUAUUAAAUACAAUGUGAAUAGUA